UCGCAGAUAGCAAAUUUAGUACCGAAAAAUUAUGCUUCAUCCGUUGCUGCUGUAUAUGUGUGUCCAUCGUUCUUCAACGUGAGCAGUUUUCAAGCGCUGAGACAACUAGUUGCUGAAAACAAGAUGGCAAAUGAACGGAGAGGUAGAUGAACGAGAUGAACGGAUCCAUCUUGUCAGACUAAGACAAAGCUCUGAUAAUGUCCCAGAUUGGGAAAAAACUAGCGUCGAUGCCAACGAUGUUGCCAAUCUCGUUUUAUCCGGGAUCCCAUACCCGAAGCGAAUAGCCGUCCUUAAUACAGCAUUCAGCAACGUCGACCGUCUCAAUCAACGAAAUGGAUUUCAGUUAAGCUUAAUAAUAACAAUAGUGUUUUUUGAUCAAAGCCCCUAUUUAAGAGAUCGACUUCUGGUUCCCGUUAUCGUAGCCGGUUGUGUGCAUCGCCCAGGAUUUCUUUUCUUUAAGAAAUAAGUAGUUUGGAUAAAGCAAAUAGAACAGCAAAUUUUGGUUUUUGUUCGGCAAAUUCUUCUUUAACAUAUAUAUAUAUAUAUAUAUACUGACUGCCUCUUAAUUGUUGGAUAGUUUUUUAUUUAUUUUUCAUUGCAAACAACCGCAGCCAAAAUUUUUAUUUGGCAAUUAUUUUUUAAGGUAUUUUACUAAUACCUCAAGGGAUGGUAGCGUAUUGGACGACAAUGUGGUUUGGCUCUUUUAAGGACUCAGGUUCGAGUCUUCGAGUGGUCACUGUCAUGUCUCAGUGCUUUUUACUUUUGAGCCGUAAAAGAGCUCAAAGCAUGUUCUGUGAAAACCCAAGGACGGGCAUAGGAAGGGUUAAUGGCUUCUUAAGGGCGGUGCAAUAAACCACUCACUCUUAAAAAAAAAAAAGAUAUGUACCAAUGGUUGUCGGUAGUUUUAGAUUUUUAGUGGCAGAAAAAAAAAAAUCCGUUCGGCAAUAGAGGUAGAUGACAAAUUUUAAUUUAUCUAUUUUAUAUAUUUAAAUAAACUGUGUACAUUCUUUAACCGUCGAGAUCAGUACAAAACUAAAAUGCACAAGUCGAAACAGGGUUUCUCUGGUCCCAAAAACAGCAUUUAUGCUAUGAGUCUGGAGUUUCUAGAUUUUAUUAACGAAGAGGAAGGGGAAUCUCAUACAGUGGCACAACGUGCAAAUCCUGGAUCUCAGAUUUAUUCAGAUUUGCAAGCUUAUGAAGAACAAGAACCUUAUGUAUGGUUGAGGUCGACUAAUAAUUAAUAUGUUUACACUCUAAUCAGACCCAAAACAAUUCAUACUUAGCCAGCUUAUAUUCGAAUUCAGAGUCGGAUUGGUUGAUUAAGACUGAACCAUAUGGGACUAAAUUAGGACGCUAAUAUGGAACAUAACCAAGCCUGGAUUUUAGACAGAUUCAUCAGAGAAUGCAAAACUGCAUACUGGAUCCAGAUCCAUAAUCAGCUAGGUUUCUUUCCUGAAGUAGACUAUUUAGAUCCGAAUUCGGGUCGACAAUCGGGUAAGUAUGACCCAUUGACAUCAAAGCAGACCUGACCUCCAAGCCGGGAAGUAUUCAGCGUUUCAAAUAGAGGGAGAGCCCUCUGCGGCUCCUCGAUGCUGCGAGGGCACCGGCCAAAGUAAUGCCACCACCACGGCCGUCGCCACCACAACCACCAUCGGAUGAAGGAGCUACUCCCGUCUCUAUCGGGUAUAUUGGCCACCGGCUGGCGACCAUCCUCCGAUCACCGAAGCCACUGGAGGCAAGCUCCCUUGCCCCCUUCAUGCCCCACCUCUCGCUGUCCCUCCUCCCUCAGCUCAUCUCAUCCUUCUCCCACGACACCCCUGCUAGAAACAUCAUCGCCUUCUUCUCUUGGUGCCAAUCUCACCUGCCAGAUUUUUGCCCUUCCAACCCGAUCACCAUUCCUCCACUCUUCUCCCUCUUAAGCCUCCUCCUCCAGCGCCCCUACAACUUCUCCUCCGCGGUGUCCCUCCUCCGUCGCUACGUUCCCCACCACCUCCAUCCUCUCUCCCUCAUCCAGCUCUCUCCUUCGGAACCCCUCCUCAACGUCGCGGUCACUGCCUACGUCCAUUCCCGCAACCCCCAGCUCGCCGUUGUCGUCUUCAAGGAGAUGAAGCGCCGCCGCCUCCGGCCGAAGCUACUUACCUGCAACACGCUCAUUAACUCGUUGGUAAGAAUACCGUCUUCCACUUUCUCAUUGUCGCCGUCUUCGUCUGCGGUUACUGCUAAGGAAAUCCUUGAUGAUAUGAUUGAACUUGGCAUUUCGCCCGACAUUAGAACUUUAAAUAUGAUCAUAUAUGGAUACAGUAAGAAUUAUAGAUUUAAGGAAGCCAUGAAAGUUUUCCGGCAAAUGGGCAGUUUCGGUUGCUCGCCGGAUAAGGUUACUUAUAACACCAUUCUUGAUGGGUUCUGCAAAAAGGGUAUGUUGAAUGAGGCUAGGGAUUUGCUUUGUGAGAUGAGGGAUGCCGGACUAGAGCCGAAUCGGAAGACGUAUAACAUAAUUGUGUGUGGGUAUUGCCAGUUGGGGCAGUUGAAAGAGGCCGUCAAAUUAGUGGAGUUGAUGACCCAAAGGGAUGUUGUUCCCGACAACUGGACGUACAAUAUGCUGAUCAGCGGUUUGUGUAAUUUAGGUAGAAUUGAUGAGGCUUGCAAGAUUCGAGAUGAAUUGGAAAAAUUGGAGCUUGUGCCCGAUGUCGUAACUUAUAACACGAUAAUUAAUGGAUGCUUUCAUUGGAGGAGUGUGCAGCAAGCAUUUGAGCAGAUUGAAUCGAUGAUAGCUAAGGGUGUCUGGCCGAAUGUCGUUACCUAUAAUAUAAUGGUGAAUGGACUGUGCAAGGAAGGAAAACUAGAGGAAGCAAGACGUUUCAUGGGGAAGAUGUUAGAAGAUGAGCUGACGCCAGAUUGCAUUGCUUAUAAUACAAUGGUUGAUUCAUACUGUAAGCGGGGGAGUUUUUAUGAGUCCUUCAAACUGAUGGAUGAGAUGGUUGGAAAAGGUUUAAAGAUGGAUACAUUUACCUUCAACUCAUUGCUUCAAUGCUUAUGCAAGGAGAAGAGGGUCAAUGAUGCAUAUGAACUACUGCUGAACAAAGCCCCUAAUUGGGGAUUUCUGGUCGAUGAAGUUAGUUAUGGUACUGUGAUAAAUGGGUACUGUAAAGAAGAGAACGUAGCGAAGGCUACAAAAAUCUGGGAUGAGAUGAUAAGGAAAGAUAUUAUUCCCUGUGUGUCGACCUACAAUUCUCUUAUAGGUGGAUUUUGUAGGUUGGGGCAAACUGAACAAGCGGUUGCAAAGUUCAUUGAGAUGGUUGAGAAUGGAGUAUCACCAGAUGAAACCACGUUUAAUACGAUUAUUUAUGGGUACUGCAAGGCAGGGAAUCUGGAGAAGUCUUUUCAGUUCCAUAAUGAAAUGGCAGGAAGGUCAUUCAAGCCAGAUGUUUACACAUGCAAUAUUCUUAUUCAUGGGUUGUGCGGCGCAGGAAUGAUAGAUAAGGCACUUAAGUUCUUUGACAUGUGGACAUGCAAAGGAAAAAAGGUCGACUCUGUGACUUAUAAUACAUUAAUAAAUGGGUUAUGUAGAGAAGGAAAACUUGAACUCGCAUUGGAGUUUUUUAUAGAGAUGGAGGAGAAGAAAUUGGGACCUGACAGUUAUACUUAUGCUGCCUUACAUUAUGGGCUUUCCAAAGCUGGAAGACUGGAUGAAAUACAAGAUUUGCUUUCUAAGAUGGUUGAAGCUGGCAUAAGACCCAGAAAUUUAUCUGAUGCAGCACAUAAAAAAGUUCAGUCUGAGGAAGAAAGGAAAGAUGAAUUGGUAAUACAACCAUGCGAAAAUGCAAAUACUUCUUAUUAUGGGCCUGAUUUUUAUCCACUUCAGCUUGAAGGGCUGUGCAAUGAUGGAAGGAUGGAAGAAGUGAAACUCAUUUUAGAAGAAAUGCUGCAGAAGGGCAUCACCAUAAAUAUAUCUACAUAUUUGGUUUUGGUGGGUGCACUUAUAAGGAAGCAGAACAACCUCUGGCGGGGAACAAGUUACAGCUAACUUUUCUAUAAUAGCGGCAGUUAUGACAUCCAUUCAUCUUUCAAACAUUUGAUAUUUUAAUGGCUGCAUUAAUGCUGUCCUAGCAGAUCAAUAGCAACUUUAUGUGUUGCAGUUUCCCAUGUGGUAAUCACCUAAAACAAAGUGGCAUAAGGGGCAAUUGGGAGUCUAAAUAUGAGAAGGUUUCCAGGGCCUGUCAGUUUUGAGGAUGAUUUCAUCUGAUUCCCAAAUACUUCAGGUGGUAUCACUUUUGUGUGAGUGGCACUCUUUGAAGGCUGGAUUAUAGACAUGAAUAAGGUUGCUGAAGGUUAUGAAGAAGGAAGAGGACAGGAUUUCCACCUAGCUGGGAUUAGGUCUGUGUCUUCCCCCAUGGUGCUUCUGCAGAGGUACCUUUGCUUAGAAUCGUGUACGCUCAUCAAAUGCAGUGAAAGCUGUCCAUACACGUUUGCUCCAGGAAUGGUCGCCUUGCAUGUGUUUUGGACAACAGGUGAAGUUGCUCAAGGUGGUCAACCCUCCAGCAUGUGUGGGACGAUAGAUGAAGUCGCUCAGGGUGAUUAUCCGCUGCAACAGGUGCCAUGCUACCAGGCUCCGUUCUUGAUUAUUGUAGAACAUGACAUCUAACAUCUUUCAAAGCUAUUGUCUUUCUGCCAAGUGCUGCCCUGGGUGCGCGAUUUUGGUAAUAGUUGAACACAGUUAUGAACCUAUAGCUGUGGUGAUUAUAAAGCCAAAGUCGAGCUAUUUCCAGUGCCUUAGCAGGCAAUUUUUGAGGUUGAGAAUUUCAGUGUGAACACAGCAAUACAGAGACAUGUUGGGAAAUUUAGCUGAUUUAUUUGGGAA